AUGGGCAAGAAGAAGGUUCUCGUCUGCUACGGUGUUGAUAUUGAUGCUGUUGCGGGAUGGCUGGGCUCCUACGGCGGAGAAGAUUCAACGAGUGACAUAUCUAGAGGUCUCUGGGCAGGAACAAUUGGCACCCGCCGCCUACUCACUCUGUUUGAGAAGUACAAUAUUAAAGCAUCAUGGUUUAUCCCUGGUCACAGCCUGGAAACCUUCCCAGAAGAAUGUGCUAUGGUACGGGAUGCGGGCCAUGAAAUUGGCCUUCACGGCUACAGUCACGAAAAUCCCGUAGACAUGACUUUGGAACAACAAAGAGAUGUUUUGGACAAGACUUGGAAGAUGCUCACAGAAUUCUGCGGCAAGCCUCCCCGUGGUUCUGUAGCCCCUUGGUGGGAAACCAGCGCGGAAGGCACAGAACUUAUGCUUAGCUAUGGUAUCGAAUACGACCAUUCGAUGUCCCACGAAGAUUGUCAGGCGUAUUGGCUACGUACAGGGGACAGUUGGACGAAGAUUGAUUACUCAAAGAAGGCAGAGGAGUGGAUGAAACCCCUUGUUAAAGGGAAAGAGACUGGCUUGGUCGAGAUUCCAGGCUCCUGGUAUAUCGAUGAUCUACCCCCGAUGAUGUUCAUGAAGAACUCUGCCAACUCUCAUGGAUGGGUGAAUCCAAGGGAUGUUGAAGACAUUUGGAGAGAUCAUUUCGACUACUUUUACCGAGAAUAUGAUGAGUUCAUUUUCCCGAUGACCAUCCACCCUGAUGUGUCCGGACGACCACAUGUGUUAUUGAUGCAUGAAAGACUCAUUGAACACAUCAAUAAGCACGAAGGCGUGGAGUGGGUUACGAUGGCAGAGAUGUGCGAUUACUUUAAGAGUAAGAACCCGGCUCCUGAAGGAGCAUUAAUGCCAGCAAGUAAGGAGGAAGUCAUGAAGAAGUACGAGGAAUGGAAGAAGUCUCAAGCGUGA